AUGGACCUCUUCGCCGCCGACCACUUCCCCGUCCCCGACCACGUCGCUCCAUUUCCCGAUUCUGGCGACCUCCUUUUCGCUGCAGACCUUCUCUCUCACCGCCACAACCCCCAGAAGCUCCGGCCCAUUCGGUCCCUCCCCUCCGCCCUCAAUGCCCACCCUCAUCCGCCCGAUCCGACUUUAUCCGGGUCGGGUCACGCCCCGAGCCACGAAUCUGACUCGGCUUUGGAUGCUGAGGAUGAAGAUGAGGAUGAUGACAAUUCAUCAGCAAGUACCGAAGGAAAUGGCCCUAGAAAAAAGAGGAGAAAGACGGUGAGAAAGCUUGAAGGUUUUGUGAAGGAUUUGGUGACAAAGGUGAUGGAAAAGCAAGAGCAGAUGCACAAACAGUUGGUGGAAAUCAUAGAAAACAAGGAAAGGGAAAGGAUAAAGAGAGAAGAAGCUUGGAAGAAUGAGGAGAUGGAGAGAAUUAGAAAAGAUGAAGAGGCUAGAGCCCUAGAAAAGUCUCGCAAUUUGGCCCUCAUAUCCUUCAUUCAGAAUCUGUUGGGCCACGAAAUUCAAAUCCUCCAACCAGUAGAAACAAGCAGCAAAAGAGAAGAGGAUGAAGUUGAGGUGAAUGCUCAAAAAGAAUUGAACAGUGAUCCUAGUAAGAAUAGAUGGCCUGAUGUUGAAGUACAGUCACUUAUCACUGUGAGAAUUUCAUUGGAGCACAAGUUUCGUUUGACGGGAUCAAAAGGGUCAAUAUGGGAGGAGAUAUCUGAAGCAAUGCAUGGGUUGGGCUAUAAUCGCUCUGCAAAGAAGUGUAAGGAGAAGUGGGAAAACAUUAACAAGUACUAUAAAAGGACAAUAGGGAGUGGCAAGAGAAAGCGUCAAAAUAGUAAAACUUGCCCCUACUUUGAUGAGUUGGACAUUCUGUACAGAAACGGCCUCCUAAGUAUUGGAAAUGCCUUGAGCAAUAACACUGAUGCUCCCCAGAUUGAAGAAAAGGAGUAG